AUAUGGUCUGAACUUUAAGUAAAAACUAAUUUCCAGAAUGAAAAUAUUGUUUAUUUCUUUGUUUAACUGAAUAUGGCAAAGUCUACUAAAGCUAUCAUGAAUAUAUUGAAUUUCAUACCUUGCUAUAAAUUCGAUUUAAGGCACAAAAUACAGAAUGGAUCUUAAGAGUGAAAUUACAUCUGCAUUACAAUUAUUGUUGCUUCUUUAUCUUCUCUACUGGAGUUUAACUUGGAAUUUACCCUCGAAUUAUGAUAUAUUCCAAGAUGGAAAGCAAAACCCUCUGAGAAAGCCCAGUAAAGAAAAGAACUCAUUGACGAAAGAUAUUCCUCUGGUAUGGAAGAAGCAUACAGAUGUUUUGGAAUCCUUCAUAAAAUCUGCUGCAAGUAAAGCUGAAAGAGUAUCAAAGAAGGAGUACAGUAUUAUACCAUCUUUCAACGAAUGGAAAGAAGGGGAAAUUACUAAACAAGAACAAAGUAUGACCACCGAAAAGCGUCAAAACACAAAGAGUUUAUCAAGAAGGAAACUCAAUUAUGCAUCUGCGAAAUGCGGAGCUAAAGUUCUUGUGUCAAAUCCGGAAGCAAGACAUAAGAUGGCAGUCUUGAACGAGAAAGCGGACGAAUAUAUGCUGAAUCCCUGUCGAGUUACCACAUGGUUCGUUGUCGAGCUAUGUGAUACUAUCGAAAUUACACACAUUGAAUUAGCCAACUAUGAACUGUAUUCCUCAUCUCCCAAAGAGUUUUCCGCCUUCUGGAGUGAUAUCUACCCCACGACGAUAUGGCACCAUCUAGGAUCAUUUGAAGCUAAAGACCAAAGGACAAUGCAGACUUUCAAUGUGAAUCUCCGAAAUAUGGGGAAAUUUAUCAAGGUUGUGAUUCAUAGUCAUCAUGGAAAGGAGCACUAUUGUCCUCUGAGUACACUCCGAAUCUUGGGCUAUUCUAUGGUUUAUGCAUAUGAUGAAACAGAAACUGAAAAGUCCACAUAUGAAAAUACUUCUCAACCUUUUACAGGUUCUUCUUUGAUCAAAGUGCAGAACGACUCAAUGAUGCCCAACAUGUAUUCAAAGACCCAUGACAUCAGCAAUCAAUCAUUUGACGUAACGAACAGAGUUAAAUCCCAAGAUAAAUAUUCUCAACAAACCUGCACGGUAUUAAAAUAUUAUUGUUCGCAUUUCCGGGUUAAAAGUAAAACUCUGAAUCUAUCACCUUGUCUGUUUUUGAAAUAUAUCAUUGGAAAUUCGCGAAAUCCGAGUGAAGAUGUAUGUCCGAUCGAAUCUCACAAACUUUCUAGCGCAUGUAUUGUGACUAAUUCAUCAAUUCAAACAGAAGCUGCUAUCAAACACAAAAACAAAUCAGAGAUAAUGGAAUUUCCACGUGGCAACAAAUGCAAUUUAAAUGCUUCUGACAUUAACAUCAGAGCUAUGUUUCAGUCCUAUGUGACAGCAUCUGAAAAUGGAUCUCAAUGUCAUAGGGACAAAAAUAGUAAACAAAAGCUAAGGAAAUCUGAAAUUAAUAAAAAGAAAAGCAUUCUGGUCGAAAUAACUACAAAAAGCAAAGAAAAAACUGUAAGUAACACCACUAUGUCUGACAUCAAUACUGAAAACAAACCUGUGAUCCAGAAACAAUGUAUUCCAUGUGUCUGCGAAAACAGUAGAACGAAAGAAUUUCAGAAUCAGAAGAACUUUAUAAAUGCUCACUUUCCCGAAAUUUUGGAAGAGCAAUAUCAAGGCAAAGAAAAUGCUGCUGAUAGCGCAGCUCUUAUUCAGAAAGAGUCUGUUUUGAUAAGGUUAACAUCACGCAUAAAAGAAUCUGAAUUCAACUUAAAUCUCAUUAAUCGAUAUCUACAGCAUCUUAGUCAAUCUUAUCGUUUGCAAAUGGAAGAUAUGCAAAAUAAGUUCAACGCAACGGUCAAGGCUAUUACUUUGGCAUCGGAAAAAGCAGAAAUUAUUGAUGAUAAACAGCAAAAUGAUAUAUCUUUCAUGAAGCAGAAACUGAACUCUUUAAAUAGCAAAGUAGAAUAUUUGAUUACGGAGCAGAGAGAAUCAUUUAAAAAGGUGCUGGAACUUCACGCUUUCUUCCUCAUCUUGGAGUUCAUAAUUAUGUCUACCAUAUUUACUAUAUUUAUUAAUAAUUUCCAGCAAAGAAAAGCAAUUUUAUAUAAAAUGUAUCGCAAAUAAGAAGACAUAAAUUUAUUUAUUCUGUGUACCAAUUCUUUCAAUCAUCAUGAAUUGUUUCAAAAAACUCCUCCAAUAGCAAUUCCUCGAUAACCGUGAACUAGAACAUCUGUUUAAGCAAAUGAAAUGGCGUUCUGUAGGCCACAGGCAAUCUUCUGCUCAAUUUUUGUAUUUCAACAGGCAAAUUUAGUUCUAAAAAUAAAAAGUAUUUUUAAAUGUG